AUGGAACUUCUGCCUCUGCUCCAUCAGCUGUUUACCCAGAUCUCUGACUUACUCAACCCUAUAACCAACCUCCAGAACCAACCAGGUGUACAACUCAAGCUGCUGCUAGAGGCCCAAUCAAAGCUUGAGCACACAUUCGAUCAACUUCAAGAACUCCUUUUUCGAGAAUCAUGCCCAAGAUUUGAACCCCGUGAUCCACACCUCGAAGAAGCCCAAGUCGUAUAG